GGGUGCGCAAACAGUAGCAGUAGAAGCAGCAGAAGAAGAAGCAGUAGGAGCAAACUACAGCGUAGCAGAAGGUGAUAGUAGAUUACACGUAGGAAGACGACGGUUCAGAUAGCAGGAUGAUGAACCAGCUCACGAGAAUGGGGCCCAGGGGGCUGGCUAUGGAGGGGAUGGUGAGAAUUGGCGCCGCGAGAUCAUAUGACCUUCUUCGGAGGGCGUUUUCUGCGUCAGCAGCGUCAGCGGUAUCCUCGUCCUCAUCAGCAUCAGCAUCGGCUCCUUUCUGCUCGUCCUCCAUCGCCACCGCUGCUGCUGCGAGUUCCGCAGCGGCGGCCGCGGAUACGAAUGAGCAAGGGAGGGCUCAUGGUGGGCUGAAAGACGAAGAUCGCAUCUUCACGAAUUUGUACGGUCAAGCCGAUCCUUUCUUGAAGGGCGCUUUGUCGAGGGGAGUGUGGUAUCGAACCCGUGACCUGGUGGAAAAAGGUUCUGAGUGGAUCAUCGAGGAAGUGACGAAGUCCGAGCUUCGAGGGCGAGGAGGUGCAGGCUUUCCUGCUGGGCGUAAGUGGUCUUUCAUGCCCAAGGUAUCUGACGGCAGGCCGUCUUAUCUAGUGGUAAACGGGGACGAGAGCGAGCCAGGAACCUGUAAGGACAGAGAGGUGAUGCGGCACGAUCCACACCGGCUUCUAGAGGGUUGCUUACUUGCUGGAGUAGCAAUCAGAGCGAAGUCCGCGUACAUAUACAUACGAGGUGAGUUUGUGAACGAGCGAAAGGCGGUCCAGAAGGCUGUGAAGGAAGCCUACGCGGCCGGCUACUUGGGCAAGAAUGCCUGUGGAACUGGGUACGACUUCGAUGUGCAUGUACAUCAUGGGGCUGGCGCGUACAUCUGUGGGGAGGAGACGGCUCUCCUCGAAAGCCUGGAAGGCAAACAGGGAAAGCCUAGGCUUAAACCGCCUUUCCCUGCCAACGCAGGUCUGUACGGUUGUCCGACGACUGUGACUAAUGUGGAGACGGUGGCUGUCACUCCGACCAUCCUCCGUCGCGGGCCGGAAUGGUUUGCAGGAUUUGGAAGGAAGAACAACUCUGGAACAAAGCUGUUUUGCAUUUCCGGGCAUGUCAAUAAGCCGUGCACUGUCGAGGAGGAAAUGAGCAUUCCGCUGAAGGAGUUGAUUGAGCGGCACGCGGGCGGUGUUAGAGGCGGGUGGGACAAUUUGUUGGCGGUUAUCCCGGGGGGCUCGUCCGUGCCGCUCAUCCCCAAACACGUGUGCGACGAGGUACUGAUGGACUACGACUCGCUUGAGGCUGCAAAGUCCGGCCUUGGUUCCGCCGCUGUGAUGGUAAUGGACAAGUCCACGGACAUUGUCGACGCUGUUGCGCGGUUGGCAUUCUUCUACAAGCACGAAAGCUGUGGGCAAUGCACCCCGUGCCGUGAGGGUGCCGGCUGGCUCUUCAAUAUUCUCUCUAGGAUGAAGACGGGAGACUGCCAGGUUGAGGAGAUUGACAUGAUGCAAGAGGUCGCAAAGCAAAUUGAGGGUCAUACCAUCUGCGCGCUUGGGGAUGCAGCUGCACGACCAGUGCAAGGGCUUGUACGGCACUUCCGCCCGGAGUUGGAGAGGAGGAUUAAGGAGCGAGUGGGCCAAGUGAGAGUGGCAGUGUAAGCCAGCGGGCUAGGAUAGGAGAUGUGUGUGUGUGUGUGUGUGUGUGUGUGUGUGAGAGAGAGAGAGAGAGAGAGAGAGAGAGAGAGAGACUCGUCGGUGAGAGGUUGAUUUAUAGAGAAGUUAAAUAAUAGUAUAUUGGAGAAGGUUCUCCCACGCACACGCUAUGACGGUUCGAUUCGUUCCGUUAACGGAUUCCCUGUAGGCUACAACCAUGCGCUGUCCCAAAGAGAGACGGAAGGAGGGGAGAAUGUGCCAACAUAGAUUGCAGGAAGGGGAGGCAGGGAACGCUCAGAAAGAUCCGGGUGAAGAACGUAGGCCGAGGUGGUGUGUGGUACGAAGCCUAUAGUGGCUGGAGAGGAAUGCUCGAGAAUCGUGGUUUCACAGAUGUUCGCUUGCUCUCAAUUGCAGGCUUUGGUUUUCUGUGGGGUUGUCACUUAACCCCUCUCAUCCUUGACGCUCGUGCUGGCUGCCUGUACUACCUCUCCUUGUUGGGACGGUGGAAGGCCGGUGAAAGCGGGUCGCAGCCUACGGUUUGUGUUGAUCACACAUAAACACGUACAUGUGGUGAAAGUCCGACGAAACAGUAUGGCACGGUCAAGCUUUUUCUGUGGAGUUGUCUACAGCGAACAUGACAACGCACACCACACAGUGUCACACACACAUACAGGCGCACGCACGCAAACACACUCAUGUAUAGACACACACCCGCACCCUCACCCACACUCAUGCCUUGAGAGUCGCAUUUCCGUAGGCACCCCUAAGGGCCCCAAGCAUAAGUUUGUGUUCUGACUUCACACCAUGUUUACGGUUGUGCUCCACUGCAGAUUCUUCGAGGAAUUCCUCGGAGAAUGGCGGGCUCCACUGCUCUUUCCACAUUUUUUCACUAUGGGGAAGGUGGCCACUUAUUUCUGAAAACUGAAGUUCUCCUGCAUUGGCCGUGUUCCUCUGCCGAAACGGGGGUUCUUAAGUUAGGACUACCCUGCACGUUAUCGCUGGCCAAGAAUUUUCUCAGGCCGGCGCGUUCCGGCAGAUCGUCCAGCCAACAGUGAAGGUGUUCUCCGGGCAUCCCAAUGACGGUGUUCUCCGAGUAUCCCAACGAUGUCAGAAUGCGCCAGAUGGUCCAGCCAACAGUGAAGGUAUUCUCCGGGCAUCCCAAUGGCUCCCCUGGCGUCGAAGUGCACUGUCAGGUAGGAAGGGAAUGAAUCAUCCACUGUAACAUGGGAAAAUACACCCCCUGCUUUUUUUCUUUUUUCUUUCUGACAGUUGCAUUGAGUACGGGGCUGAUUGCGGCUGUCACACAGCCUCUUCGGUAGAACCGUUACUGGACCUUGGGAAGGUCCAGUUUCCAGCCAGUGGACCGUGCCAUCCUGACGGGUUCUCACAGGGCGGCGGGAGUUUUGUCAAUAGGCGUGCCCAACGCUGCAGGUGGAGCCCCACGAAUUAUUACGGGAAGUGCGGCAUUUUGAAGUUAAGAAAAGGAAUUCUUCAAGGAAUUGGCAGUGGAGCACAAGCCUUGUUGUGAAGCGGACAGGAGCGAAUGGCGCCUGCGGAAAAUGCUGUGAACCCAUUAGCGAAGAUGUGCUGGCAAUGCGACCACAUAAGCUGGCUAGCACGAACGUUCCAGGGAAGUAUAACUGUUAUCUGGUGGUCGGGUGGCGAGACCCAAAUUGUCUCAUCGGGAAGAAAAUGAUUGUCCCAGGUAGCGGUGUUACGGGGGUUGGGAGGAAAAUUUUACCCAGUAAACCUGCUCGCUGUGU